UCACACUCAUCUUCUAAAAGCUAACCUUAGAAGACCAAAUUAGAGCACUAGAAUGCAAGGUACGCUUUCACCGGAAGAAGUUAAGGUAUGGAAAAGAUGUUAAGAACUUCUGUUCCCUCCCAGUUUUCCAGAAACCCCCUUAUUUAACAAAACCCGUUCCCUUAUCAGUCUUCCCUUCUACUGCCGUCCGGACAGUAUAUUUCAAUCACAGUUCAAUCUGCCGCGGAAAUGGAGUUGAGUGCGCACAGAGGUUCUAACCCUAAAGCCGUGCUUUCUUCUAUCAUGAACAAGAGACAGAAGCUUCAAGAAGAGCUCCGGAAUAUUGAGAAACAGGUAUAUGAUUUAGAGACAACUUAUUUGCAAGAAACUGGAGCCUUCGGGAAUGCAUUGAGAGGCUUUGAAGGAUUUUUAUCGUCAUCAAAUAAAAGUUCAAGCCUGAAGAGAUCAAGAAAAUUUCAACUUGAAGAUCGAUUGUUUUCACUGUCCUCAGUCACUUCACCAGCGCUAUGUUGCUGCUAUGUAAAGUUUAGUCCUUGUUUGGUCUGGAGAUUUUCAAGGGGUAGAAGUGCAGGCUUAGUUACUGGGCCUGAUGUGACUCUUCUCUUCGCUUGUGUCAGGCUGAAGAGCUUGGACUUGGGCGAGAAGAGGGAAAAGUGGAUCAUGGUCAAGGUCGUUUUAAGGCAGGAGGCAUGACAAUAAAUGGACAGGGGAAACCCAAAAAAGGAAGAACAGUGCAGAGAGAUAUAAAGAAAGUCAGGGGUUCUAAUGACUUGGAUGUUGAUGAUGAUGAUGAUCCGGACAUGAUGAGUUUGAGAUGAGCUAUUCUCUCUUUUGAAAUUAUGGCAUUUUAACUUCUCUAUAGCAUGUGUUGUGCCAUGUUAAGCAUGCAUGAACACCGAUUGUUGGUGACAUGUUUUAAACUUUGGCAACGUAUGAUAUAUAUCAAUUGCUUUAACUUUUUAUGUAUUACUUGUUGCAUCACAACCGUCAAUCUAGGAGUGUAUAUUGUGUGUAAUGUGUCAUGUGUGCACAGUACUUCUAAUUCACAAUGAUAAAAUAAACAAUUUUGGAUGCAAAAUAGGAAAAUAUCCAAA